AUGUCUGAUAUUUGGACUAUAGAGAUAUUAACGGCGAUUAUUAUAUUUUGUCUGUCAGUGCAUCGACACAGCUCGAGACACUCUCGAUCCUCUCGAUCUUCUCUCGAUAGUCGUUAUAGCCACGAGAGACGCCGGAGCCGAACGCCGAUGCAAUACGAGGACGAUGAAGCCAACAGAGAGGAGGAUUUGGUACAAAAUGGACAGCCGGUGGCUGUUCAAGAUGCUCACACCGCUCAUACUGCGGCACACAUAUCUGAGCAGCAAACAAACACACACGUCAUCGUAGAAACGAGAGACACGAAUCGUCAAGUGCUUACUCAGACCCAAGACGAUACUGAGCCGCACGGGGGAGAGGUGGUUCUGGAUCCAAAAAUCCUCGAGGUCAUGGGAAAACGGUUCAUAGAGGACCGUGUCUUGGAUGCCGCGAUACCAAAUGAUCUCAAAGUUCGCUGGGAGGAAAUAGUGAAGAAAGGCAUGCCGACGGAGGACAGAGUGGCUCUUAUUGAAAAAUAUCCACCGCCCAAGAAUUGCUGUAUUAUUGAUCCACCCAAAAUAAAUUCGGAGGUUCGAGUGUCUCUACAAGAGACGACAAUUAAGAGGGACGAACGUAUCGAAGCCAAGCAAGCAAAAAUCACAGCCUGCCUAGCAGCGGUGGGAAAAACCUUCUCAGGUUUUUUGCAGCGGUACAGUGGCAACGAGAAUCUUGAUUUCUUCGAGCAGCUGAGCGAUAUUGGGAGACUGCUAGCGGACUUGCAGCACGAUGAGUCGAAUAUCAGGAAGAGCCUAAUAUUGGCAAACUUGGGCGCGCCCUUCAAGGACGUGCUGAAUGGAACUACUCCUGACGAAUUUCUGUUUGGGAAGCAGCUGGAAGAGAGAUUGAAGGCAGCAAAGGCGUUGGAAAGCUGUAAAAAAGAUUUGAUUGUGAGAACAACGACGAAACCUCAGAACAACGGUUCAAAAAACUCGAAAUUCCCGCCCCGUCGGCCGCAGGGGAACCAACGACAAGUCUCGUCAACGUUGGGCGGGAAGAAGCCGCAGUAUACGAGGACUCAACAUCCCCCGUCCAAUCGACGAAGCAACCAGAGAUACGAGAGCAACUGGAAGACCAACCGGAAAUACGAGAGUCACCGUCAGAGACGAUACUAG